UGUAAUGGCGCCGGAGAAUCUUCCAUGGGAUUUGGAGGAAAAGAUACUCUCUGGGCUUCCACCUCUAUAUCUUGUUCGUUUCAGAACCGUAUCUCAACACUGGAACGCUCUUUUAAACGACACGAGGUUCAUCAACAACCACUUGGCUCGUGUCCGUCCCCAAAUCAUUUUCCUGACCGAUUCCAAGGUUUACUCCAUUGACAUUGAUCUCUGUAGAGGAGGCGUUGAUCCAACGAUAGAGGUGCGUGAGAUACCAUCCGAUUUUCCUUAUCAAGCUACGGACUUGACGCAUACAACCAUCACAACUUGCGAUGGGUUCUUGUUUCGUGACUUUUGGAAGCAAGGUGUUGCGAUUUGGAACCCGUGGCUAAGACAAGUUGGUUGGAUCGAGUACGUUGAUAAAGACUUCCAUUUUUGCGGUGUAGGGUACGAUAGGACAAGAGCCGACAAGAGUUACAAGAUCUUGGGGUACUUUAACUGUCUCCGUACGGUUAGCAACACUUACCAAGUAGGUUAUAAAAAAGUUGCGGUCUACGAGUGUGCAUCUCACGCGUUAAAGUUUCUUGAUGUCCCUUUCAAGCAGUGGCCCAAUAUGGCACCUUUGUCCUUGAACGGGAAUCUUUAUUGGGUCACUAGCAACCCGGAGGACACUCAUCGUCAUGAGUAUGUCAUCCGAAGCUUUGAUUUCUCGAGUGAGAUGUUCAAAACCUUUUGUCUCCUCCCUUGUCGGAAGAACCAUUCUCGCGAUGAAUUCCUCCUUGCGUUUUAUAAGAGAGAUGGGCUUUCGUUAUUGAAGCAAUGCUAUGUAACAGGUUUGAUUGAGAUUUGGGUGACCAAGAACAAGAUAGGCGAAGAGGAAGUGGAGUGGAUAAACUUGAUGACUUUGCCGACAAGUAAUUUACCGAUGCUGAUUAAUAAGCUCUGCGGGGUUAGUUACUUCAUCUCUGACAAGACUCUAAUUAUGUGUUGUGGCGACGAUGAAACUGGAGCAGCUUGCUUCUAUAUUGUGAGGGAAGAUAUGUGCAAGAAGAUUCAAAUAGAUCUUGGGAUUGUUAGGUUUUCUCACUCUGUUUAUCUUCCAAAUUUUAUCUCGGUUCCUUCUGAAUUCAGACCGCUGCGAGUUUAAGUUUUGGCUCUUCUUGUUUUAUUACA